AUGUUGAUAGGCUCGCCUCCGGAGCAUGAUCCCGAUUCCGCAUACAAAGUGCCGCUCCUAUCCUGCGAGUCGACGGGCUGCCCAGCGCAUUCCGAAACGAUGGCUGUUUCAGCCAGCCUCACUAACACAAGUCCCGACGCCUCUCUGACAAAUGGAAGGCGUGACCAGUCCGCUAUCGAGCUACAAGAGUUAAACAGUGAAUGUACAUGCGAACGGGACGAAAAGAAGACCGGCCGUGCCACCGGGACCGGUAACCUUUCCGAUAACAAGAAACAACAUCCGUCGCAGAAACAGUGCAAGAACUAUGCUUUUUCCUCCCUAGAUCACCCGUUAUUUCCACCGCUGCCUGUGUACGGCCCCCCUACCUUCGUGUUUACUAUAAAGUGUUUGAUGCUUCAAUGCCUGUCAUUCGUGCUGUCGCUGUUGUUUCUGGGCGCUGUUAUCGUUGGGGCGCUGUUUUGUAGGACUGUGCAGGCUGUUUCUCAUAUCAGGGCUCGUUUGAGUGGUCAGGAUCCCAAUCAGCACCGGGCUUUCUAUGCAGAGGAGCGCGCGCGGGAAUUGGAGAGGCAGAAGAACUUGGAGAAGUGGAAGCGUCGUCAGGAGAAAAAGGAAAUCGACGAAGAAGCACCGGAUGAGUGUCCUCCGUUGGAAGGAGGGAAGGAUCCGGUCGUAUGCGACGUGGCUUAUUAUGCGAGAAGGGUUGGCCUUGACGUCGAGACAUUUCGCGUGCAGACGGAAGAUGGAUUCAUAAUUACCUUGUGGCAUGUUUAUAACCCUCAAGAGUACAUACCCAUGCCCUCAGAUUCAAGGGGGCCUCGCGGACCGGAUGUAUUUACAGGGAGGAGGGAUCACGGGCCCUCUCCUUCGAAACGCAAAUACCCGGUCCUCCUCAUGCACGGGCUGCUGCAGAGUGCUGGUGCGUACUGCACCAACGAUGAGGAUAGCCUUGCCUUUUAUCUUUGCAAGUCUGGGUACGAUGUCUGGCUGGGUAACAACCGUUGCGGACUCACUCCUGAACACACGACAUUAUCGACGUCGGAUCCACGCAUGUGGACGUGGAAUAUCCGCCACAUGGGCGUACUGGACCUUACGGCACUCGUGUCGCGUGUGCUAUACGAGACCGGCUUCGAGAAGCUAGGCUUGGUGUGCCAUUCCCAAGGGACAACGCAAACAUUCGUGGCCCUAGCGAAGGACCAACGACCCGAACUCGGGGAGCGUCUUUCGGUCUUUUGUGCAUUGGCUCCCGCUGCGUAUGCCGGGCCAUUGAUCGAUAGGAGUUACUUUCGCUUCAUGCGGAUCAUUUCUCCCGACAUGUUCCGCAUUGUAUUCGGCAUUCAUGCUUUUAUUCCCUUCAUGAUGACCGUCCAUCGGUAUCUUCACCCGAAAAUAUACGGCACGUUGGGGUACUAUGUCUUCUCAUACCUCUUCGGCUGGAGCGAUACUCGCUGGGACCGUGGUCUACGUGAUCGUAUGUUCCAGUUUGCUCCAGUAUAUGUCAGCGCCGAGACCAUGCGAUGGUGGCUGGGCCGCGAGUGCUUCGCGACACAGAAAUGUAUCUUGUCCACGCGCGAAGUCGGCCUCCUUGAGACAGAAGAAGACCAUCGUUUUGAAAAGGGUAUAGACGACGGAAGUCCGCGCAGCGACACUGCAUGGUAUGGAUGUCAGGCUCCUCCCAUGGCUCUUUGGGUUGCGGGAGCGGACAAUCUGGUUGACGGCAGAAAAUUGCUUCGGCGUUUCCGGAACGGACGUGAGCCACAUGUUCACAUUGUACACGAGAAGAUCAUCGGGGAGUAUGAGCAUCUCGAUGUCUUAUGGGCCAUGGAUGUCAUUGAGCAAGUGGGAAAGGAGGUGCGACAGGUUCUCUGGACGACGAUGCCAGAUGAUGCCCGCGCUACUUGUCGGGUACCUAAGGGUGUGCAGUGA